AUGCCCAAAUCACCGUACAAAGCCUUCAAGGACCGCAAGGACCGUCAGCAAGACAAGGCGGCGAAGAAGGCAGAGGAGGAACGCCAGAGAAAUCGCGACGAGGAGACAGGCUGGGAGAAGUGGCCCACUACACCACCCCCCCAAUCGGAACCUACCCACAACGAGGACGAUGAUGAUGUCGCUAUCGAGUCCGACUCCGAUGACGACCUCCAAAUGCUCCAAUACAAGAAGCCUGGUUCUUCUCGCAGCCAGCAAUCCCUGCACUCAUCACCCACGAGUACCAGGCAGCGGCAGGGCUCCACGUCCUCGCAGGGGUCCGUGUCGAUAGCAUCCUCCAGCCUUGAUCUUUCACGUCAGACCAGCUUUACUCUGCCAACCAUCCCCGAGAGGUCAGCUACGCCAGGUGGCAGCGGACCGAGAUACAUCCACCGAAAGCACGGCUCGAAGGGCACGCAAUGGAGUCUGCACGAUCGGAGCCCUUCUGGCGGCAUACCCAACAGUUUUGUUUCGGGCGAGAGUCCUGAGGCGCGUUCGAAUAGAAACUCGGGUUUGUCAGUAGCCGGGGUAGCGCAGAAGGACUUUGCGAGGAAUAUUCCUGGGGAAGCGAACAGCGCAUAUCCCUUCCCGCAGCUGUCUCCUCCAGAGGAAAAGAAAUCUCGCAACAACAUCCCUGAUGAGAAUCGACUGAAGGCUCGUGAUGGCACUCUGCUUCGACCAGGCAAUGCUUCCAUGGCACCAGAACCCCCGCCGCGUGGCUACCAUAAGAGAACCAGAACGAACACGCUGGGCGGCGCCGAGAAUGACUUCGCUGACCCCAACAACGCAGUCAAAAGCGGCAUGGCCUUCGCCAGCGCCCGUCACGCACCCGGAGGCCGCCCGUCGCCAGAAAGCUUGCGCAAGCAACGCCUCCCGACCAUCAAGCCUGAUGCGGUCAAAGCGGAUUCUGCAAGCCAGAUCAGUUCUAGGCAUGGUGAUAUUCCGAUCGCCCCACCACCGCGUAAGAGCGACGAAGAGAGCCCGACCCGCCCCUCCUUUGAGCCGGGCGAGUAUACUGCGGAAGAGCUGCACGCCUACCGCCAACUCCGGCUUGCAUUUGCUCAUACGAUGAUCCUCGAGCGUGCGGGUGGGGUGCUUACCAGCUUGUAUAAAGACCCCAACUGGCCAGCUGAUGUGCCGCCCAUGCUUUCCAGCGCGCAGAACUCGUCCAUCAUGUGGGCGCGCGAGGCGGCGAAGGGAUUCCGGGAGGACGCGAAAGAGCAUCCAGUGUAUUUGAAGUUUCAAAGAAACGGGAACGACAUUGCGUUCAGGGCGAGAAAUGAUCUGAUUGAAACGGAUGGGGAUAUGAGUGAGAUCAAGGAGAGGGUGGAGAACUGGGAGGAGAUUGACAAGGCGGAGGGGUUGCAGGAGAUCCGUCUUGAGGUCGGGGAUGUGGAUGGGGUAGAAUUGGAGAAGGAGAGUGAGAGCGUGAACCCGGGAGAACGAGUGUGCCUGGAUAUCGAGAAGGAUCUUGGGUGA